CCGGAGCGUGCAUCGCCUGGCACUUAUCGGGACUCAGUGUUGGUCUCCUGCCUGGACUGAAAGGGGCUCCCCAGUCUGUGUGUGAAGAAUUUGGUCCUUCGAGCCGGAGCCGAGGAACCCCGAAGACGUCUCCAGUACGCCGAGAGAAGCGACACCGAAGUCUGUCGACAGCCACUCGAAGUCGGGUGCAAGAAAGACCUGUGAUGUGAAUUCGUCAUCAGGCCGGUGGUUAGAACUGCGCUCGACGUCUGGUGAUGUCUGAAGGACCUCGGUGACGGAUCAGAGAGCACACUAUACAGGUGAGAGAUAUGGCACCUAAGUGAGUAGGUGGCCAAGUGAGAGAUACGGCACCUAAAUAAGUAGGUGGCCAAGACAUGCAUGUGGUUGAGGUUAGCCGAAAUUAACCGGGAGAGAAAGUAGGCGUUAUUGGAAAUAUAUACAGUGUUGUAUGUGGAUGUGUUUUUAUAGGUUUUAGAUUAACCUACACGAUCCACCCUAAAAGCAACAACAUACUGGUGACUGAAGGAUAAAGGACGGGUUUCAUCCCUGAAAACUAACACCGCUGCUCUAAUAGUGAGCAGUAGAAGGCCGUGUUGGUGUCCUCCUGAGGUCUCAUGCCAGGGACUUGCUUUUAGGAUUUUUUAUUUUUUGUAGUGUAUCCAUUAAAAGGUAACAAUGGGGAAGAAUCAAAGUAAACAAAUGGAACUAGAGGGAGAUGAGAAGUUUAUGGAAGGAUAUAAGCCAGGAUCAGGACAAAUAAGUAGUCAGAGAUGGAGGAAAAAACAUGGGUUUGGAGGAAAACUCCACACUCCAGAUAUAUUAAAAUUACAGGGAAACUUAAAACUGGAGAUGUUACAGACUACCAAUAAGAAAGAAGGUAAAGACAGAAAAAAAGAAUAUGUUUUUUCUGAUGCAUGGUUGGAACAAAGUAAGUUAAGAGAUGUACGUAGAAAACAGAGUAUGCAACAAUUACAUGGAAGGAUAGAGAUAGUGUUUAUGAGACGAGCAGAUUAUGGCAGAAGAGCGCAAUGUAAACAAAAAGAUGGAGAGGAACCUGAGGAUUUUAUGGAUAGAAUGAGAGUUGUAUUUAGAGGAAACUCAGGGAUCCCAUUUGAUGAAGAGGCAGUAGGAGUGUACCAACAACAGCUAAAUCGAGCUUUUGUCGCAGGCCUAAAGCCCGAAUUGCGAAAAUAUCUUGACAAACAUUGGGUACAUCAGAAUACUGGUUCAGUCCAACAAGCACUAGAAUAUGCCCAACACGCGCAGAGAGCGCAGAAACAGGAAAAGACAGACACAGUAUUCAGCGCCUCAGAAGUAGUAGCACUAGUGCAAAUGAAUCCUCCGGGGAGGGGAGGAUUCAGAGGAAGGUCAAGAGGCCGAGGAAGGGGGAGAGGUGUUUUCAGAAACAAUUACAGGAAUUCGUCUCAGCAAGAUAACAUUUGCUGGACAUGCAGGAAACCUGGACACUUAGCUAGGAAUUGUAGAGUAGGGAAACAACCAUAUAACCCAAACUCCAUUGAAAACAAUGAUCAAUGACCCCCCUCGGAGGCCCCUGUUACCGACACCAUCCGAGGCAAAACAGAGGUGAUUUUAAGAAAGGAAACGGAGGUCACUUUACAAGACUUCUUAGAUAAGGAAAUAGAUUUACAAGCAGUGUGUCAGUUAUUAGCAGAAAGGCAGUGGGAAACCUUGCCAAGUCGGAAGUUAGUCAUAAACGGCAAAGUAUAUGAAUGUCUGUGUGACACUGGAGCAUGUAGGACUGUCCUAACCUCCAGUCCUCCCGGAGUCACAUAUUCUUCAUCAGUCAUAAAUAUAAAAACGGCAGGAGGUCAGACAGACAGACAUCAGUUAACAAACCCAGUUGCAGUAAAAGAUAAGGAAACUGGACUUGAAUGUCAAGCACAGGUGUUAAUAAGCCCUUCUUGUCCUGUUAACUUGUUAGGUCGAGACCUUAUGGUACAAAUGGGCAUUAGCGUGGUUGCCACAGCCACUGGCAUGAAAGCAAUCGUAAAUGAGGAAGCUUAUGUUGUGCAAGGAACCACAACACCACAAUAUUACUGGUCUCUGGACCUAGGGGGAACUGCACAGACACGAGAAUUAUUGCGGAAAACUAGAGAAAAGCAGUCCCCUAGACAGGCCCAGUUCAUGCCUGACGAUGCCUUACACGUUACUAUGUGGUACAAAGACACCCUAGGACCAGAUUAUGCCUAUGACAAAACGUUUCAUGCCCUCCAAGACACUUGUAUUACCUUACAAUAUAUGUAUGUUAACCCCACCACUGGGUUUUCAGCAGCCUCAGUCAUUUUAUCUAACAAGCAACAGGCUGUAUUUAGAGAGAGAACACCACACGUAUCUCUUUCAAAACCACCCCAGAUGCAGUGGAGAGAUGUAGAAAUGUUCUUACGAGAUUCUAUGCACAGUUACAAUGACUACCAACCCGUAUCUGGCUCCUGUUGGAGCUAUGAUGAGAAACACAAUGUGUGGCGGUUUCCUUUGGGAUGGAGAGUUCAAACCACUCCCACCACACACUUAAAGGACCCAGCCUGACAAAUUUUUUCAGCCCUGGAGGAGGGAUCAUGUCCAGAUCUAGAUCGCCUCCCAGAAGGGUUAUGGUCCUCCUCCCCCACUGAUGUAGUGCUGGUAAAGGGAUUCCCACCUUACAAAGUAACUGUGAAAUCAGAACACCGUCCGGUAGUUAGGCAAUACCCAUUAAAACCUGAAGCAGAGAAAGGUAUAGCCCCUGUAGUACAAGACAUGUUAGCAUCAGGAAUAUUGCGAGAGGCUCCUGAAGCCACUUGCAACACUCCUAUCUUUCCAGUCCAGAAGGGACAUACAGGGAAAUGGCGCAUGGUGCAGGAUUUAAGACCGGUUAAUAACAUAGUGCAACAUGCAGCACCAGACGUGCCUAACCCACACUUAUUGCUCAACUCAUUGACUCCUGAUAAAAGCUACUUCUCAGUAGUGGAUCUUAGUAAUGCAUUUUUCUCAGUACCAUUGCACCCUGAUUCUCAACAUUUAUUUGGAUUUACCUAUAAAGGGAAAAAAUAUACAUAUACUAGACUCCCUCAGGGAUUUUCUGAAAGUCCACAUGUAUAUACCAUGGCCCUUAGAUACUCUAUGAGUACCUGUGAAAUUCCAUCACAUAGUCAGGUAUUACUAUACGUGGAUGAUAUCUUAAUAGCAGCAGAUUCAGAACAACAUUGCAAAGAAACUACCCUAACUGUGCUUCAGCACUUAUACAAUACUGGACAUAAAGCUUCUAAACAGAAGUUGCAGUAUUGCAAAAAGACAGUUGUCUAUUUAGGGCAUAACCUUUCACAAAAAGGUCGCUCGUUGCUAGAGAUAAGGAAACAAGCUAUACAGGAAGCACCUAAACCACAGACUAAACAACAGAUGAUGUCCUUUUUAGGGCUCUGCAAUUAUUGUAGAGAAUGGUUACCAGAUUAUGCUUUUCUAGUUCAACCUUUGCAAAAUUUAAUAUACGGGAAGGAGAUGACUCUAAAGGACAAAAUACAAUGGACUGAGGACGGAGAAAAUGUUUUUACAAAUUUAAAAAGAAUGUUGCAAACCAAUGUGACCCUUGCUCUACCAGAUUAUCAACAACCAUUCACCCUAUGUGUAGAUGCUAAUCAAGGUUAUAUGAAAGCAGUAUUAACACAGCCAUUCGGAGCAAAAGAGAGACCGUUAGCAUUCUAUUCAAAACGAUUAGAUGCAGUAGCAGCUGGUUUUCCACAGUGUUUACAGGCAUGUGCAGCUGCUGCAGAAGCAGUAAAGGUAUCAGCAGAAUUGGUACUUUGUCACCCCCUCAUACUUAAAGUUCCUCAUUCGGUGUCUUUAAUCUUGUUGCAGACACCGCUUCCAUUCUUAACACAUACAAGACAUCUUACCUUAGUGUCACUUUUGCUCUCACAACCUAACAUUGAACUUCAGCGGUGUGGCCUAUUGAACCCUAGUACGCUCCUCCCCACCGCAGAGGAUGGGGAGCCACAUUCUUGCAAAGCAACAAUAGAAGAACAAACAAAACCAAGAGCAGAUAUUCUGCAAACUUUUAUACCAGGAUCAGAAGUUGUUUAUGUAGAUGGCUCGGCAUCAAAAAAUGAUAUGGGAAAAAAUAAAGUUGGGUAUGCUGUAGUUACAUCUACUGAAGUGUUAGAAGCCAAUGCACUCCCUUCUACUUGUUCAGCACAAGCGGCUGAACUUUAUGCUGUGAUCAGGGCAUGUGAACUGUUCAAGAACAAGUCACUUACUAUCUACACUGAUAGUCAAUAUGUGUUUGCAGCUGUCCAUCACCAUGCAAGAGUCUGGAAAAAUAGAGGUUUUAGAACAUCACAGGGCACAUCUCUUACUCAUACAAAUUUGCUACUUAGAUUAUUAGACGUUGUGCAUUUACCGACUCACUUUGCACUGUGCAAAUGCAAAGCACACCAGACUGAUGACUCUGCAGAAACCGCAGGAAAUAGUUUUGCAGAUAAAACCGCCAAAGAAGCGGCACUGAAACAACCUACCUUAUCAGUGGCAGACAUUCUUUUUAUAGAUAGCGAUGUGCUAUGUGAUGCACAGAUUCAUGCUCCUAAAAUAGAAGUACAAAGUUGGAUCAAAAGAGGAGCAAUACAACGAGAGAAAGUUUACUAUAUGAAUGACAAGCCCAUCCUACCAAAAAAUUUAUACAAAACAGCUGCUUUGGUGAGCCAUGGAAAUACUCAUGUCUCAACAGGAGGGAUGGUACAUAUCAUACAACAAUAUUUCUAUGCUAUAAAUUUUUCUGAUUAUGCAAAACAAUUUUGUAGGACAUGCUUAAUUUGUUGUAAACACAAUGCACAAGGAAACAUCAGACCAAAACGUGGCCAGUUCCCCACAGCUGAGUAUCCAUUUCAAGUUGUACAUAUGGAUUUUAUUGAAUUAUCUUGGUCACAAGGAAAGAAAUACUGUCUAGUUAUUAUAGACACCUUUUCUAAGUGGGUAGAAAUAUACCCUGUAAAGCAUUGUGAUGCAAUGACCGUUGCAAAAUGUUUGGUAAGCCAUUAUUUCCCUACCUAUGGCAUACCUCAUAUUAUAAGAUCAGACAAUGGGACUCAUUUUGUAAAUCAGACUAUGUCCCUUUGCUCACAAGCAUUAGGUUUUACGCUUAAGAAUCAUUGUGCGUAUCACCCCCAGAGCGCAGGCUUAGUGGAAAGGACCAACGGCACUAUUAAAACAAGGCUAAAAAAGACAAUGGAAGAGACAAAAAGGCCGUGGCCAGAAUGUUUGUCUCUAGUAAAAUUAUGGAUGAGAAUAACUCCCACUCCUGCAGGAUUAACACCUUUUGAAAUAGUGUAUGGUAGACCGUUUCCCUUAGCAACCGAAAUGAGUGAUAUAGGAAAAGCAGACAGAGAAAAUACGCUGGCUGAUUGGAUGCGUAAACUACUAACAUCACAACAAAAACAUAGCCCCAGUAGUCUGCCGGUAAAUUCUGUUUCUACUCAACAGGAUAACUUGCAGCCGGGAGAUUGGGUCCUGGUCAAGGUCCUGUUGCGGAAAGAUUGGAGCACACCUCGGUGGGACGGUCCUUAUCAAGUCCUCCUUACAACACCAACAGCAGUAAAGAUCGCAGAACGACCUUCCUGGAUACACAAAAGUCACUGUAAACCCAUCAAGCCCUUAUCAGAGGCCUCAGCGACAGAGUAGCAGUGGAAGUCCGCUACAAAGGCACAGUAACCAAUAGGGUGCUGUUGUCUCAACCCGGUGAAGAAAACAACUGAGCUGCACUCUAUUUAGGAUGGCCCUGAUAGGGUGGGGAUGUGGUAAAGUGACUCUAGGGGUCAUUCUUGUUGUAGGACUUGUAUGGUUGUCCUGGCUCUCACCAGCUCCAUUACAGCACCUACGGCGAUGGACCCAUGAUGACUUCCAUCUACGCCCGUUGCCCGCUGACCACUCACAUCCAUUUAUGCAAAACUACUGGUACCGAUAUGUACAUGAUACUGUAACAGCGAAAAAUGUGACAAAUUGCUAUGUUUGUUCAGUAAUGCUCACUCAUAGUGAAGGACCUACGGUGUAUGGCAGAGCUAUGAAUAUCUUCUGCAGGUAUAGGAUAUCAAAGUAAUGUUUCACUUAUAUUUUCUUUUGUUUUUCAUUUUAUUUUUCUGUUGUUUUAUUACUGUUAUACCAUGUUUGAAAAUGUUUAUUAAUCAAGCUCUUAAUGCUGCUUUUCGGACACGCAGUACAAUGUUUCUCUCCCUUACCCAAACUAUAGAGACAGAGCCUGUUUCCAGCGAUGGCGAUGAAGAAGACAUAUAAUUCAUAAUGACGGCCGAGCCGAAAGCACCCGUGCAGGGCUCGGACCUGAAGAACCGGAAUUAAAUGUUUUCCAGGAUAAUGACAAUGUGGUCUAAAUGAAGGUUGUACCUAAAGUGCCUUUGCAACUUGUACAAUGUUGAUGCUUCUGAUCAUACUGUCAUGAUAAACAGGAGGGACUGUUAGGUUGAAGAAACAGUUGUUAAUCAUUUCUGUAUGAUCAGCAAUGAGUGUAAAUAUAUAUGUAUACGUUAUUUCUUAUCUUCUAGCCACAUACUCUUAGCUAUUGUACUCUAAGUAAGUGGUUAACAGCUGCCUACUUAGAUAAGAAUCUCACUUCCCUCUCUUGCGCCCCCCAUUGACUAUAAAUAAAGAAGUCAAGGGGAACCACCCUUUGUAACACAUUCUGCUGUAGUUUGCAUUGCAGAGAGUGUGGGUACCCUUGCAAGUAAAACUGUAA